AAACACCCUAACGAGAUCUGUGUGCCAAUGUCUGUUGAGUUUGAGGAGUUGGUUAAAGCUAGAGACAACCCCACUGAGGAAGCACAGAACUUGGUUGAGUUCACGGAUGAGGAGGGAUAUGGUAGAUACUUGGAUCUUCACGAUUGUUACCUGAAGUUCACCAAUCUAAAGGGGUCGGAGAAACUUGAAUACAUUGCGUAUUUAUCUACGUUUGAUCAGCUGUUUGAUAUUUCUAAAGAGAAGAAGAAUGCUGAAUAUAAAAAGUAUCUUGAAAUGCUUUUGGAAUACCUCAUGGACUACACAGACAGAGUAAAACCUUUACAAGACCAAAAUGAACUCUAUGGAAAGAUUCUCAUUGAAUUUGAAAAGAAGUGGGAAAAUGGCACCUUUCCUGGCUGGCCAAAAGAGACCAGCAGUGCAUUGACACAUGCUGGAGCACAUUUGGAUCUCUCUGCAUUUUCCUCUUGGGAGGAAUUGGCUUCCUUGGGGUUGGACAGAUUGAAAUCUGCGCUGAUGGCUUUGGGUCUGAAAUGUGGAGGGACGCUAGAAGAGCGGGCACAGAGACUCUUCAGCACCAAAGGGCAGUCCUUGGAGUCGCUAGAUCCGUCACUCUUUGCAAAGAAUCCCAAAUCCAAAGGACCCAAAAAGGACACUGAGCGUAACAAAGAAAUGGCUUUUCUAGAAGCUCAGAUCUACGAAUAUGUGGAAAUUCUUGGGGAACAAAGACAACUGACCCAUGAGAAUGUGCAGCGGAAGCAGGCUCGUACGGGUGAGGAGCGAGAGGAAGAGGAUGAAGAGCAGCUGAGCGAGAGUGAGAGUGAGGACGAGGACAACGAGAUCAUUUACAACCCCAAGAACCUGCCACUGGGCUGGGAUGGCAAGCCUAUCCCUUACUGGCUCUACAAGCUUCAUGGUUUGAAUAUCAACUACAACUGUGAGAUCUGUGGUAACUACACCUACAGAGGACCUAAAGCAUUUCAGCGUCAUUUUGCGGAAUGGCGCCAUGCUCACGGCAUGAGAUGUCUUGGUAUUCCCAACACUGCGCACUUUGCCAAUGUAACUCAGAUCGAGGAUGCUGUUUCAUUAUGGGCCAGGUUGAAGUCGCAGAAAGCAUCUGAACGAUGGCAGCCAGACACAGAGGAGGAAUAUGAGGACUCCAGCGGUAACGUAGUCAACAAAAAGACAUACGAGGACUUGAAACGACAGGGACUGCUUUGAACAGGGCCAUUGGAAAUGGAAAUUGGAAUCUCCUUAGCAUUUGUGAAGAACAUCUAAAGACAAUGUGUUUGUGAGGUGGCAUUAAAAUUGUACAUGCCAGUUUUAAAUAUUUUUAGUUUACUAUUAAAUCAUUACUGU